GGCUUCCAAUCUGAGUGCUCUUGAAUCGAAGCUUGAAAACCUGCUGACGGUACCGGAUCCCGACGAUAAAUCUCAGGAUUGUUUUCGUUCCAAAGGUGCGAUUGUAAAAAAGAAAACUCGGCACAUUAUUUCUAUCGAAUUGCAACAAAAUUACACGUUAUUUUUUCUAACGUUGUUGUUGUUGUUGUUGUUGUUGUUACUAUUGCCUUGCUCCUUUUACUUUCGAUUUUGUAGAGGAAAAAAAAUUAAACGCAGCAGCCUUCUUUGCAUCUCAAAGCAACCGAGUCGAGAAAGUAGAAAAAGAGAUAGCGGGUGCAACGGUAAGUAUUUUUCCUUCGUCAAAAGAAUCGAAGACCAUUACUGAGCUUGCUGAGCUUUGCAGGUUGACUCAGGAGUUCACUCGUGAAAAGCUAGAAAUAUUGAAAUCACGUUUGGAAUCUGAAGGCUACACGGUAACAUCGCCAAAAACAACACAGCUUUUUUCGGACAAAAUAGCAACGGCAUCGUCGGCAACCCACCACUCUCUUGACCCAAGAUAUAACCAACUGAAGUUAGGGGCCGCGAACGACAGAUUUUCAUGGCCCUUAACUGCAAAUGUUGGUGGACCAUUAGAAAGUGUAUUGGAAGCGGAUUACGAAACAGACGGACUAACAACACCUGGAUCAUGUUUGCAAUCACCGACCUGGUCGUCAUCGCAUCAAAUUUCAAGUGCAUUAGAGAGCGAUGACCAUUGUGAUAGCCAUGCUUUAGCAACCCCMACCGCCUCUGCCGGGAAGAAGAUGGAACCAAACCAGCGAAAGUCUAGCUCCUUCAGUAGAACGUCUCCCAUCACACCUCCUGCACUUGAUAAUCUAUCGAUGAGUACAAGUACAUCGACCUUUUUGCAACAUAUAGAACACGAAGGAGAGAAUAAAGAAAAAUAUGACCAUCUGUACCAUACGCAGCAGCAGCAAGAAGAGCAGCAGCAACAUCUCCACGAAUUCCGAGACGAGGAUGACAUGAUCACUUUGGACACGCAAUCAACUAUGACUAAGACUCAUAAUCCUUACAGUCCUCCUAUCAUUGGAAAUAUGGGUAGCGGAAGCGUACCGACGGUAGAUGAGCGAUCACACUUUUUAACACGCAUAGAGGACAUGUUAGAGCGAGUGGAGGAAACAAUUUUAGAUGCCUCGCCAUCUCCACGAAGAUACGUGAGAAAGGAUGGAGACACAUCAAGACCUUCUGAUGAGUAUUAUGAGAUGGAAGGAAAGGAAGACCAGCAAGAACGAAGGCGCUCAAAUACGUCGACGAGUAGUAAGAACUACAUGACGACACAAUCGCACCACUAUACAAUGAAAGCCGUCUAUGAAGACGAUGAGUUGGCAUCUACAGACGAUGAAAAAGAAUCUGUUACGAACAACAGUGAUGAUUCCACGAAUGUAGUUGCGACUCAGAUCGCCGAGAAUAGACCUCUCACAUCUGUAGGACAGCGUAGUGAAAAGAAAAAACACCACAACGAGCGUCCAACACAUAUUUUGGUUGAAACAGGAACAUCAUCACCCACACAUACCAACAUCACCAUGGACGCCACAAUGAUGAAUGAUACAUAUGAUGUAAGCCUUAUGGAACGACAAGAAAGACGCAGCGGUGAAACAAAAGCCAUCAUUCAGGAACCUAGCAAAACGCUCGAUUUUGAUGACGAACUAGAUAACUUAUCGACUGUCACACCAGUGCUAGAUAGGUAUCGUUUGGAUCCUUCAGAUGGCAAUUCACUUAGUGUAAAGGUUGUCCCGAAUAAGCGUAGUGCUCAUCGCGUUGAUCAAAAGCGAAGAACAACUCCAACACAAGGAAAAUUACCAACCAUCGCACAGUUAAGCCCGUCCCUUGAUUCCAUUCUUCGGGCUGAAACACCUAAAAAGGAAUCCAAUGAAUCAUCGUUCAAAUCACCUUCAACUUCGGCUACUGCCACUCCUCGAAACCAAAAUAGAAAGGUGUACCGAAAAACUCCCUUUCCCAAAAGAAAAUCAGCAAUUAUGGAAGAAGAUGAUUCGAAUAAUAUAGUGAGAGAUGAAAAUAAUCAUCCAAACAUCUCGACGAGUCUCUCCGCUAUUGAUUCUCCAGAACCUUUCCGGUCAAGUGUACCGUCUUUCUCUAUUUCUGUUCCUCCUUUACGCCAUCGCUCUUUUGAAAGGAAUCGUGGAGAUGAGUCACGUCUUAAAUUAGGAAAUCGAAAGACUUUUUCACUCCCAUUAAAUCGCAAUACCAAGGAUGAAACAAAUAUGUCAAUUCAUAAAAGUUUAGGGAUGCCUUCGUUUCCGACGGACUCGUUGGGUCAAUGUACUCAAGGAGUAGAUUCGAUACAACAGAUUGACGGGACUAACGAGCGUGCAACUGCUGCCUCUGUUACUCCAAGUGGAAUUAUGGUUCCUACUCUUGGGAGAGAUGAUCCUGUGCCUAAAACAAUUUCAAAAGCAUGUUCAGAUUUGUCUUUUCUACACAUAACCGAGGCAGAAUUUGAUUCUGCACCAAGAAUCGUUCGAACUCACGUGGAUCGAGACCUAGCAAACACUGCGCUCAAUGAAAUCAAAAAAAAGUUUUCAG